GAAUGGGAAUGUGGAGAAUUAUACUUUGAAACAAAUAUGCAGAACGUGCAACCAAGAAGUGCCUCUGCACAUGCUUUCAAGCCACCGAAAACAGUGCAACACCAGUGUCACUGCAACAAUGACAAGCUCCGGCAAUAUGUUGACUUCACGCUGUAAUAACUCCAGAUGCAUCAACGAGGUGUUUUCCAGCCACCAACACCACUCUUCCACAGGUGCGUACUCACAACAGUAAGUUUUCCUCUUCCUCCGUUUCUCUCAUCCAACGUUAGUAUUCGUCUAAUAUUCCACCUAUAAGGUCGUCGAUAUCUUCCUUUGCAUAGAUCUGUAAUCCAAGCAAGAGAGAGAGAGAGCAAUACAGCGAUCCAAACAGCGUAUCCGGCGAGCCCAACUCGGCGCUACGAUACACAACAACACACCGCAACAACAACCAAGACUGUGAUUUACGUUGUUCUAAAAUACUCUCCUGGUGUCCCUUUCGUCCAAUCACCCGGCGCUCCUCUUAAUAACUGCCAGCUGUGUAUGAUUUGGCUGAUUUCAGCGUUCGCGACGCUACCGGAUGUCCGGUGUCUUCUCUUACCGGUCCGGGUGGAAACAUCCGGGCGGAACCAAACUUUCCCAAUCUUUGGUUCCGCCCAAAAGAUCGUCACCCCUGUGACAUAUACAAUUUAAAAUAUUACUAAUCACCUACAAAGCCUUAAAUGGCCUAGCACCCUCAUAUCUUAGAGAAUUAUUAUCAGAAUACAAUCCAUCACGUGCAUGGCCUCUUAAUUAUCCCUAAAAUAUCAAAAGUGUCUAAAGGUGGCAGAUCCUUUUCCUACUUAGCCCCUAAGCUAUGGAAUGAUUUACCAACCGACGUCUGAAAAUCAGAGACAGUAGAUAACUUUAAAUCUAGACUUAAAACUUUUCUCUUUAACAAGGCUUUCAAAUAGUUGUUUUAACAAUGGUACUUAUCUCCUAAUAGCUAGCUUGUACAACCUAAUAAAUAAAUAAAUUAAUUAAUGAAUAAAUUAAAACCUUUUUUUUCGUCAACACUUCAAAGCAUGGUAAAUCUCAUUAAUACUCUUUAGUAAUAUGCUGAAACUUUGAAUUGGUUUUCGACUGAGUCUUAACUGCCAAAUAUGGCCGGCUUGCAAUUUUGGCCUUUUCCCACGACCUUAAAAUAGUAUGUCAUACAGAACCGUUUGCCACUGUACGUUAGCAUUAACGACGGCAGUGGGGCCUCUGGCCUUAGUCAAACGAGUUCUGUUUCCGUUUCUAAAAUCAUUAACUAUAUGUAAUACACUUAACCAGCAAUAGUUAGCCUGUCCGGAACCGAGCUGACUAAAACCACAUUACUGUGUGACACUUGUUUUCUAUGUGAACGGCCCCUACGCUAAUAAGAUUUUGUGUCUCUCUCCCUGUCUCGUCCUUGAUCCCGAGGACGAGACAAACAGAUCCAGUUCCGGUACAUGUGAAAGUCGGCACACAACUGAUCUACUAGCUGUUCUUCAACGUGAUGUCCAGCUGAUGCCUGACCAAAGACCACCGGCAGAACCCGCUUAAUCUCCGCUUAAUCUCCGCUCAAUCUCCUUCCGUUUCAAUGUGUAUAUAUAUAUAUAUAUACCUCCCAAGGGUUUUUUCCUCCUAUGACUUUUUUUACUUCCCCGGCUAAAAUUCCGGGGUUUUUUUCUCCUAGGGGGUUUUUCAACCCGGGGAGGCAGCCUUUUUGGGCUUAACUUCUAUACGUUACAUUAGUAAUACGUUUGUUUAUAAUGUUGAUUUAUAGCCGUAGCAAAUUUAACUGCUUGUGCUAUCGUUUAUUAUGUUGUGCUAUCUGUCGUUUUUCUGUGCUUUUCACUGCAUCUAUUAUGUAAAGCUGCUUUGAUACAAUUACCAAAUUGUGAAAAGCGCUAUAUAAAUAAAAUUGAAUUGAAUUGAAUUGAAUUUACGGUAUGUUGCUCAGUAAGUCACCUUUAUGCCAAGUUGCCAUGACUGUUACGGUCCGUGUUGGCAUUGGAUUGGAUUGUACUCACUGACUUCUACAAUAUUUAAUCUGGCCAUUUUCGCCAAUAUCGGUCUAAUAUUGACAUACCAUAUAAGAUCGGCCUAUCCCUAGUUUUAUGUAGAGGUCGACCGAUAUGCUUUUUCUCUGGCCGAUGCCGAUUUUUUAGAAAUCAGGGCAGCCGAUGGCCAAUAUGUUUGGCCAAUUUUCUAUAUGUACAUAAUAAUCAAAAUGUUCUCAUCAUUAUUAGCAGAUAUUUUAAAUGCAAAAAUGUCACUAUUUAAGUCAAAGCAUUUAAAAAUAUAUGACUGGUCUUUCUGAAGAGUUUUACAACCUCCCCUGCAACAUGCAUUUAUCAGACACGGAUAUUACCUGACACUCUACUGUCAUCAUCUUUGAUCAGUUUUUUACCAUGGCUUUUAUUGCUUUGUAGGAUAAAAUCCUUAUUUGGUAGACCUGAUAAAAUAUUUAUUCAUCAUAAAGUUAACAUAGUAAAUGUCUGUUUUUUAGUUGAGACUGUUAUUUAGGGCAAAUCUUUCUAAACACAUUUACAUCCUCAUUUCUGAGGCGCUAUAAGUCACUGUGUUGACAGUGACGUCUUGUGAGUUUAGUGUUGGGACAGAUCUGUUGUUUCAACCUUUCAUUCAAACGAAUCCGUUCAAAGGAGUCAGUUUGCGAAUCGGGCGCUGUGUUCUAAUCCAGGCUGAACAGCGCAAAACUGUAAACAAAGUGUUACUGUAACAACACGAAAAACAUUUCCUUUGUGGAUAUGAUUUGGUCUUCUGACCUUUCGCCAUCGAGUCAGUUUUGUUUUGAGUAAUAAAAGCAGGGAGACAGAAAGCGUGCGCGCGCAGCUCUUCUCUCUCUAUCACGCAAACAAAGAUCAUCAUCACUCAUUAAUCACAUGAAAUGAGCCUAAUCUUUGCACGGACAGUUCAUCACGAGACAUAAGCCCGUCGCGCUGUUGUACUGGCUGCUUAAUUCGCGCAAUCCCGCCAUCGUUUACUAAAGCUGUUUGUGAACAAGGCACGGCUGCACACACACGGGAGCGAUCUACUUGCAGCAAGAGGCAGCGUCACGAGUUCUACAACAGCGCUUAGGUGCCGCAGAUGCGCCUGCCUAUUAAUCUGUCUAUUUUUGCAGCAAAAUCGGCCAAAGCCGAUUUUUUUUAAAUAUGCCAAAAAUCGGCCAAUUAAUCGGCCGGCCGAUAAAUCGGUCGACCUCUAGUUUUGUGUACCAUGACAUAGGGGUGGGUGAUAUCUCGAUAUUCAAACUAUAUCGAUAUUUGUAAAACACAAUGUUGAUUUUAUGAUAUCGUAUAUAUCGAUAGAAUUUUUGUAUUUAAUUCUGAUUGCCUUCUCUGUGUGCUGUGCUCGCCUCCACCUCCUUGUUUUUGUUCCCCUCCCCACACACACACACAGGUUAGCAGUAGUCUCUCUCUCUCUCUCUCUCUCUCUCUCUCUCUCUCUCUCUCUCUCUCUCUCUCUCACUCACACUCACACUCACACUCACACUCACACUCACACUCACACUCACACUCACACUCACACACACACUCACACACACACUCACACACACACUCACACACACACUCACACACACACUCACACACACUCACACACACACUCACACACACACACACACACACACACACAAAUUGUCUUAUUUUAUAGUUAAAUUAUAAUUUUUGUAUAUAUUUUUUUAAAUGCUGCAGAAGCACUUUGUUCCUACGUGAACUACCUCUUUGCACUUUAAUAAAAAAAUACCUUGUGGAACUUUGCAUUUUUGUUUUGUAGUAGAUUGUUGAGGAGGGUAUGUUUCGUGAAAAGCCAUCUAGAUAUAUAUUGUUUAUCGAGAUAUAAUUUUCACUCCAUAUCGCCCAGCCCUACCAUGACAUUAGCUUGAAACAACAAGGCCUGUUCAUAAUAGCUUGUUUUUAUCAAAUUGAAACUUGUCCUGUAACACUGAGUUUGUUUAACCUUUUUCAUGAUACAGGCCCCUUAUCCACUCGUUUAACUCUGUUGAUGUGAUUGGUGACAUGUUUGUGAUGUAGGAAACUGAGGCGAUUUCAAAGCAUAAAAAUGAGACUGUUUUGUAAAUUCCAGUUCUUUUUCGUAAAAACGCUCUUGACAUUGUGUCACGAGCGGACGCUAUGGUUUCUUUGAAGCUUUACUGAACAACGCCUGGCCAAUGCCAACUAUAUAGCCCAUCUGUGCAGAAAAUAUCCAGAUUCUUUCGACUGAACAAACAGUAAAGGUGAUUUGAGCAGUAAUACAGUAGCUUAUGCAAUGUCUAGUUCCCUUCUCUUAGGUAUUCAAGGUUAAAAUGGUAACCACAGAUGUUUUAUGGAGAAGAUACUUAGUAAUGGAGUUAAAUUAUUAUUUUACACAUUACUUAAAGCAUAUCAAAGACAUCACAUAGGUGUCAGUGACAGAAGACAAUGGAGGCAGGAUUAAAAGUAAACAACAGUUGAGAUAAACGAUAAAUGCAAAUAAAUGAGAUUCCAGGUGCGCGCACACACUCACACACACUCACUCCAGAGCCGAAGAUGUAGAACAGGUAAUCCUAAAAUCCAAACUCUUCACAACAAUGAAAUGGUAAUCCUGUGAAGGGUAGAAUAGGUCAGGUUAGCCCACACAGCAUACAAGCGUAGCUAGCAUUGACGAGCGCGGACAUUGUGAACUUGAUUUUCACCACACAAGGAAAUUUAUGAAAUAAUGCAGUUUAUAAAACUCACUUGAAUAUGUUUUUAUUUGACAUGCAUGUAAUUAUAUCCACACAUGGGGAUUGUCUAAGUGUGCCCAUACUUUCCAAUUUAUCCCAACACAACUGCAUAUGUAUUAUAUUACCAUUACCAACUUUGCUUGUGUGUUCUUUUGUUUUAAUAAAGUACUCCAAAAACUGUGGAGGCCAACACAUGCUCAAUGAGGAUUUGUCUCAUGUUGAGUCACCAACAGAUGUUCAACUGUCAAAAAGCUAAACCAGUAAAGAUCUACAAAGUCCCCAAAAAUUUGGAUGCAAAUGGCUUUAAAGACCAUCUACGAAUAAUAUUUCCACAGCUAAAAACACAGAAUUUUGACCUUUGUAAGGUCAAUAGACAUAGAGUUGUAACCCCAGUGGAAAAUUUUACUCCCAAAGCCACUCGUUCAGGUGAAGUGAUGGGACGAUCAGCAGUAUAUAUUCGUCCUGAGCAUGACAUUCACAGUGAUAGUGACAGUGAUAGCAGUCAAGUGGUAGAUUUGGAUCCUGAGUAUGAUACGUCACAUGAGAUAGACACAUCUGCUCGUGAGGAUACUGAGGAUGAUACAUCACACGUGACUGACACAUCUGCUCGUGAGGACACUGAGGAUGAUACAUCACACGUGACCGACACAUCUGCUCGUGAGGACACUACCGAGGAUGAUACAUCACACGUGACCGACACAUCUGCUCGUGAGGACACUACCGAGGAUGAUACAUCAGACGUGGCAGACACACGUAACACUGAGGAAAAUAUGGACACAAUGGUUAAUUCUGUUGGGGAGAGUGGUGUAGUUACACAAUCAACCAGACAACAUCAAAUGGAAAGUCUUCAACAAAGACGUAACCUUAUUAUGGAACAGGAUGCAGCAUUCCAAAGAUCUUUGGAAACUGACAGACAGAAGACUCAGAGAGAGAGAGAGGCCCACCGCAUUGCUAAAUGUAUAGAGGAGGCAGAGAAGAGGCGUGUCGAUAUUGUGAAUCAGAGGAUGGCUGAGGCAGAAAUGGCUUCUGAAACAGGUGGUACUUCCUUUCAGUUCCGUUAUUCUGAUGGAAGUUAUCGUAGGAGGGAUUUCCAUCUUGACAGCCCUAUGCAGAGCCUAAUUUCUUUUGCUGGGGCUGUUCCUUCUGCAACAGAGGACUUUAAUUUAACUGCUCCAAGUCUUUUCUUACAACUUCACAGUCAGCAGACUGGAACCAUAAGAGAAAAUGGUUUGUUUGAGUCAACAACCAUAUUUAUUCACUGGAUAAAUGGUGGUCAGGUUAGUUAAUCUUAAGAAAUAAAAUUAUGCAAAUAAUGUUUUAUAAUGCUUACAUUUAUGCAAUACAAUGGUAAUACAAAUGGUUUGGAAAGUGUGAUAUUACUUUACUCAAAAACAAAACCAUCUGGGACUGCUCCGGCGCCGGCGCCUCCGUCUGGGACUGCGCCGGCGCCUCCGUCUGGGACUGCGCCGGCGCCUCCGUCUGGGACUGCGCCGCCGCCUCCGUCUGGGACUGCUCCGCCGCCUCCGUCUGGGACUGCUCCGCCGCCGGCGCCUCCGUUGGAUCUCCUCCACAGUCUCCUCUGUGGUAUGCUCCACCGUCUCCUCUGUGGUCUCCUCCGCGGUCUCUCUUAGGGUCUCCACGGUCUCCAUCACCCAUACCUCCAUGGUCUCCUUCACGCUCUACACUUUCUCAACAUUCUUCUCUGAGUCCUUUAGAUUCAAACAUAAAGGAUGUAUUACGCACUUUGCAUUCAAAUGUUCUUUUUCACGUGGCGCCACCAACAGCAAAUCGAAUUAACGUUGUGAGGACAGACAUUGUUGAAAGUGCUUUCCGAGCAUUUAAAAGAAAGCAAUUCAAUCCUAAAAUGAGACUUGAUGUUGUGUUCGUUGACACCUGUGGUCUAGGUGAAGGGGCUGUGGACAAUGGUGGACCCACCAGGGAAUUUUUGACCCUGGUACUGAGAGAUCUAUUGAAUUCGCAUUUCUUUGUUGGGCCGGCAUCUGUGAAAAAUCUAGGGCUAGACUCUAUAGGACUCAGCAGAGGCACCUACCGAAUUGUUGGUAUGAUAUUAUCUGUCUGCUUAGUUCAUGGAGGACUCGGACCCCCUGUUUUUUCUAAUAGACUACUCUGCCAACUGAUUGGAGAACCCAGCCCCCCUGUUGACAUCAUGGAGGUGGACGAUGCUGACCUUAGACAACAGUUACAAA